AUGAGAAAAGAACGCAAGGUGCGUUACUUAAUCGAACGGCUGGGUUCCACUGUCAGAUUCUUUUAUCCAUCUGGGGUUUCUUUUUCUUCCGUGUUAACGGAGCAAGCUUCUGAACUGGCACCAUUCGGUCGUUACAGCAGCCAGACUAGCGAACUGAUGUCCGAGGAAGACGAAGGACCAAAGAGCUCACUGCACACGUUAGAAGACGUCAAAUGGAAUCCCAGUAUGACGUUUGUGGGUGUCUCAGUCCCCAAUAUGAAGUAG